AUGCUUCCGCAUCGCGAACGAGCCUGCGAUGCUUUAUUGGAGAAUCCACUCCUGCGCACUCCACCUCCUGAGCCAGAAAGACCACGACCACCACGCAUUAGGAAGCCCAGGGAAUUCAAAUUGUUGCAACUUGCGAAGCACAAAGUGGACGACAGGCCGCCGGAGUUGUUCCCAGAACUAUAUCUGAAGCCUCGCCGACUGAACUACUACGCCAGACAACUCGAGGAAAACAUGAACGUCAACAAGGAGCUGCUGAAGAGGAUUAACCUCAUUCAACGGACUGGAGGUUUCGUAGAUUGCUGGAUGUACCCUGAACAAACGGACACAUACAACAAGCUGCUAUGCAAGCAACGUCAGCGAGUAUUAGAUGAAAUACGAAGACAAAACUUAUACUUCUAUUCGCGGCUUUUAAUCGCCAGAUCAGAACAACCUCUUACGAAGGAGCUCGAAGAAUUGUGGAAGGAUACCAAACAUAAACUAAUUCUAGGCGCAUCGCUGCCAUUUAUCUUAUUUAAAACGGAAAAAAUCGAUCGAGACAUCAGAGACCCAGCAUUCGACAAACCUCCCAGUGUUAACAGGACCAAGGUGUCAAUGGAGAUAUGGGUCCUCGGAGGUUCCAAAAUUGGCCGCGUCACGGUUGAGCUAUUCACGGACUUGGUUCCGAAGACCUGCCAAAUGUUUCUCAAUCUCGUCAAGGGUGACGGUCGGGGUCACGCCUACAUGGGUACCAGGGUCGUACCCAACUUAUACUGCCGAGCCGGUGACGUCACAAAAGACAAUGGAUUCGGUUGUUAUUUGACGGAAGGGCAAACAGAACCCCCGGGACCUGAAGGGUUUCGCCUGAAACAUUCCGUGCCUGGUGUUUUAUCCAUGGUGGUGACGCCAGAUAAUGAAGUAUGCGGCCAGUUUAACAUAAUAUUUAAGCCGCUAUCUCAAUUCGAUGGCAAACACGUAGUUUUCGGAAGAAUCGUUGGAGGUCCGGCACAGGCGCUAGAGAGGAUCAGUGCCCUCGGCUUACCGCUCGGCACCACCACCUCGGAUUGCAUCAUCAGAUACUGCGGUUGGUUCACGCGAAACGGACAAUACAAAGAGGGCAACCCCAAUACGAUUAAAUUUCCUCCAAGACGAAAGAAUUAA